AUGACUCUCGCAUCUUUACAAGAAUCAAAAUUUUCAGCUGCAUUGACUAAACGGUAUGAAAAUGACAAUGAAGGUUCGUUUCUUGAAAAUUUUGAAGCCGUUGCACAAAAACAUGAACAACGUCGACAAAAAAUAAAAAAAGAUGAAGAAAUUGAAAAUGAAAAAAUACCUCCUGAAUAUCGAAUAACAUUUGGUGAAAAACCGCAAGGUAUAACAUCAAAAGAAUACGAAUUACUUUAUAUUGAAACAUUAUAUACGAUAAAACAUAAAAUUGGUACAACAAUAUCAAAGCAUAGUGAAGGAGAAAAUGAUCUUUAUUCUUAUGCCCAAGAGGCAUUUGGACUAUCAAGUGAAGAUCAUCAACGUUUAUUAGCUAAAGCGAGCGAAGAAAAGCCCCCAAUUUUAAUUUUAAAUAUUGAAAUUGUUGAAGCUAAAGAUCUCGAAGCAAAAGAUGCAAACGGGUUUUCUGAUCCUUAUUGUAUGUUGGGUAUUGUACCAGAAGUUAAAAAAUUUGUUCUUCCUCAACAAUCAAGUGCUGUUGGUGCAUCAUCUGAUGAAGAAGGAUCAACUGAUAGUAAACUUGGUUUUAUGAAACGUUUAAAAAGUUUUCGUAAAUCAACAAUUCGUCGAUCUCAAGGACGAGAAAAAAGUACAACAUCAACGGGUUCAAGUCCACAAAAUAAUUGCAGCUUAAGGGAUAAAUUGCCGGCAAAAUAUAUUCAAACAACUGAUGUUAAAAAAACUACAUUAAAUCCGAUUUGGAUGGAAAAAUUUCGUUUUAAUAUUGAAAGUAGUAAAACGGAAACAUUUCAUUUGGAUAUAUGGGAUCAUGAUGAUGAAUUUUCUGUAUUUGAAGCAGCAAGAAAACUCAAUCAAGUUCAAGGUUUUAAAGGAUUAAAUAGAUAUUUUAAACAAAUUGCUCAAUCAGCAAGAACAAAUUCUAAUGAAAGUUCCAAUGUUGAUGAUUUUUUAGGUUCAGUUAAUUUAAAAAUUAGUGAAAUUCCAUCAACAGGAAUCGAUAAAUGGUUUUCACUUGAAGGUCGAAGUGAAAAUUCAAAAGUUCAUGGUCAAAUUCAUAUUCGUGCUAGUUUAGCAACACGUGAAGAUCGUGGAAUAUCUGAAGAAGAUAAUUGGACCGAUAUUAAACAACAUGUUGAACUUUUACAAAUUUUUAUUGAUCAUGAAUUAAACAAAUUUAAGGGUGAAACAACAAAAUGGGGAGGUGAAUUAUCACGCGAAGCUGAAACAAUUUUACAUCAACAUGCCAUUCAAGGUGAUAUAACUGAUAUUCAACGAAAAAUGUGUCGUUGGAUAGCAUAUUCAAAAAAACAUCUUGAACGUACAUUAACACAUAAAUUAUUAUUAUUAAUAACAGAACAAUUAGAACAAACAUGGCAACCAACUUCAUUAAGUCGAGAUGAAAGUGAUAUGUUACGAGAAGCUUUUACAUUAUUUAUAAAUCAUUGUUUUAAACAAUUAGCAAAACUUCGAGAUAUUUUUCCAGCUGCUAAUCGAAUUGCAAUCGAACGACUUGAACAACUUUUAACAAUUGUUGCUAAAUUACAUAGUAUGGAAGUAUUUCGUUAUUGUUGUCCAUUUCAAAAUAGUCUUCAACAUGAAUUAUCAUUGAUUAUAUCAGCUGGAACUAUGGAAUGGUUUGAUCGUAUGGUUGCACAUGUAACAAAACCAAGAUUAAGAUCCGAUGAAGAUAUAUUACGUAGUACAAGUGAAUUAAUUUAUGUUUUGAUUGCAGAUGAUAAUUUAUUAUUUCGUAUGAAUUUCAGUAGUGCUAAAUUGGCUUUUUACCAUAUAUCAUUUAAAAAAAUCGAUGGCAAACUAAUGGAUAUAGUUAUAAAAGCACUUGAAGAAGAACUUGGUGAACAAAUAUAUCAAUCUCCUUUAAAAUUAUUUGAAAGUGCUGAACCAGAUUCAGCUGAUAUAGCUGCUUUUGCUUUUUCAGCUGAACAAACAAGUUUAUCCUUAUUUGAACUUUAUUUAACUCUUAAUGAACUUGCAAAAUAUAAAAUAUAUGUUAAUGAAACUCACCGAUCAAAUUUAAAAAUCAAUCAAUAUUAUUUAUAUUUUGGUGUAGCUUUAAAAAAAUGGUUAUCAAUAGCUCGAAAUAAACUUCUUCAUCGUAUUGAAUAUUUUCUUGAUAAAGAUAAAAUUGAAACAUCAUCAACAACAACAACAACAAAUAAUAAAUUUACCUCAUCAUCAUUAGAUAUUUCAAAUUGUUUUACACAAAUGACACAAUUUUGGAGACGAUUAGCUUGGCCUGAUGUUCUUGGUUCAAUCGUAUAUUUAAUUAAAAUAACUGAAGAUACAGCUAAUGCAACACGUCUUUAUGCAACAUUAAUGGAAGAAAAAUUGAAUGCAAAAAAAUUUUAUGAUACUAAUGAUUUAACUAUUUAUACACAAGAACUUUCAUUAACUGUAAAUAAUAUUGAACGUAUACGAGAAUCAUUUAAAGCCUUACCAAUUGAAUUAUCUUAUGAUAAAUUAUUAGUAGCAGCAGAAAAAUUUCAUCCAAUUGCUGUUGUUGAUGAAUAUAGAAAAAAAAUUGAAACAACUGUUGCAAUUUGCAGUCAAGAUAUAACUGAUAGAAUUUAUCGAAUUUUAAGUAAAGUUAUUACAAAUAUGGAAAUGGAAUUAAAACAAUAUUUAUUUCAUAUCAUCGAAGCACCUGAAGCUAGUGCUGCUCAAGAUACUAUUCAACCAUUAUUUACUUUUCUUGACAAUCAAUUAUUACCUUAUACAGAAUAUUUAAUUAGACUAAACUUAACUAGAUUGUUAGAACUUAUAUGGGCUGUAUUAAUCGAUCAAAUUCUAUGUGAAGUUGAAGAUAUAACAUCACCAAAAUCAAUUUCAUCUUAUACACGAUUAUUAAAAGCUCUUGAUGGUCUUGUCGAAUAUUUUAAUAAUGAAGAACAUUAUUUACCAAAAGAUAUCCUCAAAACUGAUAAAUACAGAUUGGUAAAGAAAUUAUUAAAAUAUCAAUCUACCGAUACACAAUCGUUAAUCAAAAUGUAUUAUCAAGAAAAAGUUCAAGAACAAGAUCGUGCUAAUAGUUCAAAUCAAUGUGAUUUAGGAAAACUUUAUUGUCGAGCUUAUUAUCAUUUAAAAGAAGAGACAUUAUAUAUUGAAAUUAUAUCAUGUAAAAAUCUAAGACCAUGUGAUUCAAAUGGCUUGAGUGAUCCAUAUGUUGAAGUACAAUUAUGUCCAAAAUUUUUAUAUCCUUAUAUUGAAAAACAACAAACAUCAGUUAUAAAAAAAACUCUCAAUCCACAAUUUAAUGAAAAAUUUGAAUUUCGAUUAACAGAAAAAGAAUGCAAUUUAUCCGGUGGAAUCAUACAUUUUAUAGUAAUGGAUCAUGAUUUAAUGUGGUCAAAUGAUUUUGAAGGUGAAGCAUUUCUUGAAAUAUGGAAAAUAACUGGAGUUAAUAAUGACAAUCGAGCUGUUGAUGAAUUAAAACAAAUUGAAUUAGCAUUAACACAUCCGAAAGGUUAG